CCAUUGUCCAAGUCUACCGCAGCGCCGUCGGCAUCAUGGAGCCAGGUCCCCCCACGAUCCCCGCCACCGUCAGAAUGGCCUGAACAGGGACGCGCCCGCUCGAGCAACCGCUACGUGAAAUGGGGCACCAAUGGCCUUGUAGCAAUGUGCGCCAUGCUGUUUGUGCGCGAUCACUUUGUGGAAUUCCAGCAUGUUCGCGGUUCGUCCAUGGCGCCUACGCUGAGUCCGGAUGCGCACGAGACGGGCAGGGAAGACUAUGUCAUUGUGCGGUCCUAUCUGUGGCGGGGCAAGAGAGCAAGCGAGGAGCACGAUGCUGCAUGGGACAUCCAGCGCGGCGACGUGGUGACGUUUUGGAAGCCACAUAAGCCCUCGGAAAUGGGCAUCAAGCGCGUCGUAGCCAUCGAGGGCGACACGGUAUACCCGACGCGCGGGUAUGCUCUGGAUCCCGCGUCUUACCAAUCGCGGAUGCAGGGCUUUCCGGACGGCCUUGCAGACCGCGACCCGGACUCGAUCGUGCCCGAGCCAGAGGUGGGAAAGGUGGUGGUGCCAUAUGGCCAUGUGUGGAUUGAGGGCGACAACUGGCGCAGGAGUCUGGAUAGCAACGACUUUGGACCGAUUAGCAAGGGCCUGAUCCAGGGCAAGGCGGUAAAGGUGUGGAGGAACUGGUUUAGCCUGAUGGAUGUGGCAGAUGAGCGCAAGAGGAGGGAGAAUGAUAUGAGGAGUCGGAUUGUAGAGGGACGCAGCGAGAUUCCGCAAGCGUAUCUGGAUUAGCAUAUGAGGCGCGUCUGAUAUGCAUACACGCAUCGUCGUUGCAUGUCACUCACAGCUGCUCAGGCACCGCGCCAGAGACGCAAACGUCUCUAGUCUUGGCUGAACUCGCAGCGACAUUUUCAAUGGCCUUUGAAGAGCCGUGGCAGCCUUAUCUUUGCCAGCAGGGCGCUCCAAGACACUUGUGUGCGGGGGUUGUCGUAUUCUUGCCAGUGAAGCGGGGAGCAGAACCAUGAGACGCUCCGAUAUACUGUGGCCGAGGCUCCAAGAUGCGACUAUGACGGCAUGUCUGCAUGUAGUAGGUUGGUAGUGGCGAGUAUGGCGAGAGGCGAGGCGAGGGAUAGCGGUUUGCAACCUCGUACUAGAAUACGUGGUCCCAGAGUAGGCGUACCGUGCCAUGUUGCUGCAUGCGAC